CCGCCAUUCUUGCUUACCUUCACUCACCCACAAACCCAAAAAAAUAACAAAGUUCCACCACCACCUCUCUCUCUCUCUCUCUCUCUCUCACAAUCCAUGGCAUUUCAUUCCCUCCUCCUAUUCUCUCUUAUAUUCUCCUUCCUAACCCAAACACACUCCCGCCUCACCCCAAACUACUACGACAAAACAUGUCCCGACUUCGAAAAAAUCGUCCGUCAAGUCGUCACCGACAAGCAGCUCGCCUCCCCCACCACCGCCGCCGCCACCCUCCGCCUCUUCUUCCACGACUGCAUGGUCGAGGGCUGCGACGCCUCCAUUCUCAUCGCCUCCAACUCCUUCAACAAAGCCGAGCGCGACUCCGACAUCAACCUCUCCCUCGCCGGCGACGGCUUCGACGUCAUCACCCGUAUCAAGACCAACCUCGAGCUCACGUGCCCCGGCAUCGUUUCCUGCGCCGACAUCCUCGUCGCCGCCACCCGCAACCUCAUCAACAUGGUCGGCGGGCCCUACUACCCCGUCCGCUUCGGCCGCAAAGACGGCUUCGUCUCAAGAGCCGAAGCCGUCGAAGGUAACCUCGCCAGGGCCAACAUGUCCUUGUCCCAGAUCAUCAACCUCUUCGCCGGUCGGAGACUCAACGUCCAGGAAAUGGUCGCCCUCGCUGGGUCCCACACCAUCGGAUUCUCCCACUGCAAGGAGUUCAGUAAUAGGCUCUUCAAGUUCAGCCCUACCUCCGAGUACGACCCGUCGUACAACCCCCAGUUCGCCGAGGGGCUCAGGAAGCUCUGCGCCAACUACACCCAGGACCCGCAGAUGUCGGCCUUCAACGACGUCAUGACACCUGGCAAGUUCGACAACAUGUACUUUAGAAACUUGCAGAGGGGGCUAGGGUUGUUGCCUUCCGACCAGGCCAUGGCGGUGGACAGGAGGACGAGGCCGCUCGUCGACCUCUACGCGGCGAACCAGACCAGGUGGUUCGACGAUUUUUCUCGCGCUAUGGAGAAGGUUAGCCUUUAUAAUGUUAAGAUGGGAAGGAAGGGAGAGGUCCGGCGGAGAUGUGAUGCCUUCAACAAUCUCAAAACAUAGGGAAGAACGAGAAACUGCAGAGACAUUACAGAGAUGGUGUUUAAGGUCAUGGACAUGUAAUCACUUUUAUCGUAAGGUUUAGAGAAACAAUAUGUAUAUUGAAGAUAGCUAGCUCCUAAUCUUGCAAGCAAUUGUGGGUAAUGACCUUUCGAGAAAAUCUACGGUAAGACAAUUGAGUUUUCAUGCAAAAGAAGCAAGAACCGAGCAGAUCGAAAAAACUUCAUGGUUCUUCAGAUAAAUUCUUCUAAUUUACAUAUACAGAUCAAUACAAAUGCGGGGAGGUAAAGGAACACGUGGAUAAAAAUGCAGCAUACUUGAUCAAAAAAGAAUAACAAGGGGCAUUACAAUAAAUAAAGAAUUUUACAAUAACAAUGAGCUGUUGUAAACUUUGCCAUGCCAGAGUAA